UUCUAUCUAAAAAAAAAAGGUUAAGAAAGCACGAAAGGCAAAUAUGUUUUGCGCAUCGCAAGCAUCGACAGCUACGGCUAACCACGACGAACGGAGUGUCCCGGCACGAGCCAUAGACCGUCACAACCCGAUUAUCAAAGAUGGUCGGAGAUCUUUCACGGCACCGUGCUCUUCCGGCGACGACUACAUUGCACCGUACCGUCAGCUCUCUAAAAUGACGAGAAUACCCGCAUCACCCUCCUCCGGAGAUGGGAAGAUUAUUCAGGUGGAUAAAGGAAGGAGGAGCAACUCAGGGUCGUUGUUGAAGCUAAUAAGCAGUGAUAAUAUUAGCUUAGCGAGGAAGAGUUUUGGCUGCGUAGCUGGACCCGCGUGUGACGUUACCAAAACCCCUCCUGGUUCUACUAGGUAUCUUCUUGGACCCGAACCGCCGGUUUCUUUAUCCGGGUCAAAUGGUAAGGAGACGGCUAUAACGGAGGAAGGUGAAGCUUCUGGGCCAAAAAGAGGCUCUGGUAGUGCCGUCGAAGAGAAGGUGAAGAAGACUUCUUCUGGUUCAGACCAGGUGGUUGUUCUUAGAGUGUCUCUUCACUGUCACUGCAGAGGCUGUGAAGGCAAAGUCAAGAAACAUCUAUCCAGAAUGCAAGGUGUGACAUCCUUCAGCAUAGAUUUUGCUUCAAAGAAGGUUACUGUGACUGGAGACAUCACUCCUUUGGAAGUAUUGGGCUGCCUCUCAAAGGUCAAAAAUGCCCAAUUCUGGACACCACCUCCUUCAUCACUCCCAAUGGCAAAUCCGGAAAACUAAAAAAAAUCACACACUUUUGUUUAUUUGUUGUACUGAUUUUCUCUGAUUUAGUUUGAAUCAUAU